AACCAUUUCCAAACAAAGAUUCUCACAUCAUUGUUUUCUUCUGUUUCUCCCAAAUAAUACAUAUAGUUGUCCCCCCUGCAAAAAAAAAAAACAAAUUAAUUUAAAAAAAAAUGAUUAAGAGCAAAUUAAACAAGUCUUGUUUCGAUAUUCUGAUCGUCGCCUGCCUCGUUUUGCUUGCUGCAAAAUCCAUUCAUGCUCAAGAAGUAGAGGACGAAAGAGAAUUCGAUUACGCGGAGAAAGGCGAAAAGGGUCCGAGAAAAUGGGGUCACAUAAAGGAAGAAUGGGCUGCAUGCAAUAACGGAACCAUGCAAUCUCCGGUCGAUAUGUCGAACGCUCGAGUGAGGAUUAUUUCCAAGCCGGAGAAGAGGAUUUACCGAGUUUCUAACGCAACGGUCAGAAAUAGAGGUCACGAUAUUCAAAUUCAGUGGUCGGGGGAUGCCGGGUCGAUAUUAAUAAACGGGACCGAGUUUUCUCUCCGAUAUGCCCACUGGCACUCUCCGUCGGAGCACACUAUCAAUGGCAGAAGGUACGACAUGGAGUUACACAUGGUGCACCUCAACACAGAUUCGAAUGUAACAACUAAGAUAGCUGUCGUCGGAAUCUUGUACAAAAUCGGCAAACCUGAUAAAUUCCUCUCCAAGUUGAUGAGGAAUAUAUCGUCGAUCGUGGAUAACAAGGACGAACAGGUAAAUAUCGGAAUGAUUAAUCCGAACGACAUUAAAUUACGCAGCAAACGGUACUACAGAUACAUGGGAUCACUCACAGUUCCUCCUUGUACAGAAGGUGUUAUUUGGACCUUAAAUAAAAAGGUGAAGACUGUUUCGAGGGAGCAAGUUAAUUUGCUCAGAGAAGCUGUUCAUGAUUACGCGGAGGUAAACGCGAGGCCGUUGCAGCCACACAACAAGCGCGGCAUAUACCUUUACGGGCCAGGUGCUACCGAUUGAUGAUAUAUAAAUUAGUACAAAAUAAUUUUAUUUUUAUUUUUCUAUUGGUUGAAUGUUGAUUCUAAUUCAUGUUUACUGAAGAUUUUUUUUGAGUUUCAAUCUUCUUUCGAUAUGAUUUAUUUAUUUAUUUAUAAUACACUGUUUAAUUAAUUAAGAGUUUUUUUUUUUCUGGC